AUGGCAACAAAAACUCGAAAAAAUGAAAAAUGUGAUUCUGCUUGGGAGUUUGAUGAAAAGCGAUUGAGGGAUAUUAUCAAGGAGUCUUUUCUGAAAUACGAGUACUUAGGACCAGUAGAGCAGAAAAUUGAAAGCAAAAUCAAAGACCUGAGUGAAUCUAUUCAAUACAUGUCAGACUCUUUUGACGAUCAAAAGCGGGCAUUGGAAAGUGUCUUGUUGGAAAAUAAGACACUAAAAAAGGAAACUGCGGACUUGAAGAAGAGACUUCAGAUGUUGGAAGGGAGAGUCGAAGCCUUUGAGAACAAGGAAAGGACCAAGAAUAUGAUAGUAGCAGGAGUGCCAAAACAAACCAAUUUAGACAUUAAAUAA